UUAUCAGCACUGAGUUCAUCCAGAGACUCUUUACUGGUAAGGCUGUCUCUGCCGCAACCCCAGCCUUCACCUCCUCUGUCUCCUCCCGGUAAGCGUUACUCGGUUCACGGGCCGCCGGCCGCCUGCUCGGUGUUUUAAAGAUGGCUCGGACAGUUUUGGUUGUCCUGUUUUCAGUCGUGCUGUCCGGUGUGAGCGCCGGAGUGUUUUUCAACAAGAAGCAGCCGUGUUAUGUCCGCACACCGAGGAAAAACGGCUUCGGACUACAGACUGGCCCACUUCCUCAUGAGUACUUAAACAUUUCUGAUCUGCCCAAAUCAUGGGACUGGAGAAACAUCAAUGGCACCAAUUAUGUGAGCACGACCCGCAACCAGCACAUUCCUCAGUACUGCGGUUCCUGCUGGGCCCACGGCAGCACCAGCGCCAUGGCAGAUCGCAUCAACAUUAAGAGGAAAGGAGCUUGGCCGUCUGCCUAUCUCUCAGUCCAGCAUGUGAUCGACUGUGGUGACGCUGGCAGUUGCCAUGGGGGAGAUCACAGUGGAGUGUGGGAGUAUGCUAACACGCACGGGAUCCCAGAUGAGACAUGCAACAACUACCAGGCUAAAGACCAAGACUGCAAACCCUUCAAUCAAUGUGGCACCUGCACCACCUUUGGAGUGUGCAACAUUAUCAAGAACUACACCAUGUGGAAAGUGGGAGAUUACGGAUCUGUCAGCGGGAGGGAAAAGAUGAUGGCAGAGAUCUACGCUAGAGGACCAAUCAGCUGUGGGAUUAUGGCCACAGACAAGCUGGACGCCUACACCGGAGGUCUCUACUCUGAAUAUCAGGAGGAAGCUUUCAUCAAUCACAUCGUGUCAGUGGCUGGAUGGGGAGUGGAGGACGGUGUUGAAUACUGGGUUGUGCGCAACUCCUGGGGAGAGCCAUGGGGUGAGAAGGGCUGGCUCAGGAUUGUGACCAGUGAUUACAAGGGAGGGAGUGGAAGCAAAUACAACCUGGCGUUGGAGGAGGACUGCAUGUACGGAGACCCAAUCGUCCCCAAGGCCUACCUGUAGAAAGGACAAGCACCAAAACGUGUCAGAGGUCGUCAGUGCACUGCGCAUAUGUCUUCCUGUCCUGGGCAGUGGGAGAGCUUUUAUUUGUAAAAUGCAGAAAAGGGAAUAUGAUAUGAUGAUGAAUAAGAUUUUUUUUAAAAAAAGAGAUCUAUUUUUUACACUUGUAAUCAGGGGCUCAAAUUUCAGUGCCAAGGUCUUCCAGCUGGAUACGAGACCUGCUUGAAUUGAAGCUGAUUGUUUUAUUUUUAACACAGUGAUGUCUCCUGGCUGUAAUGGGCUGAACUGAGUGAGAGGAGUGAAACACAUCAGUGCAUCUAAUUUCUGCAAAAUUCAAGCAGUGCAUGCUGAAUGGCCAUAAUAGACACUAAAAGAUGCAAGGAAUAAUUCAGUUUUACAUCACCAAGAGGACAUUGGCAGCAUUUUAUAGAUUAGAUUUUUUUCAUAUUGAAUUAGCCAAAGAGCACAGUGUUUAUUAUUUGUCCUGCACUGCUGCAACUCUUAAUGUCUUCAGUGUGUGGUGUUAUGUAUCGACAAUAUUGCACUGCACUGAUGAAGUGUGCCUUACAUGCACUGGCAUUCAAGUUAAAAUAAAUGUAAUUUUUUUUUUCACACUGAACAAUCUACACAUUGGAAAUUCUGGGAAAAUUGCAAUCUUUGUUUAGUUGCUCAAAACUUUGCCAAUAAACACAACACUUACAAACAAA